UGGAUUUGGUGCGAAUAGACACAGCGUUAUAUAAAAUGUACUAAUUUGUACAAAAUUAUUUAUAUUUAGAUACAUUACCAGAGUGCUCAUAAAUGUGUGUGUUAGUAAACUUUUGUCUGUGAAAAAUCUCAUUAAUCAUUGACACAAUAGUCUUAAUGAGAUGGCUGAAAUACUAUAGCCGUUGUUUUUACCGUUGUUUUUUUGCAAAUCAAACUAAAUAUAAUGCCUGACAUCAAAGUUACACCCUUGGGUGCCGGACAAGAUGUUGGCAGAAGUUGUAUACUGGUGUCCAUGGGUGGAAAAAAUAUAAUGUUAGACUGUGGCAUGCACAUGGGUUUCAACGAUGAGAGACGGUUCCCAGAUUUUUCGUACAUUGUCCCAGAAGGACCAGCAACAAAUUACAUAGACUGUGUUAUUAUUUCUCAUUUCCAUUUGGAUCAUGUUGGAGCCCUUCCAUACUUUACUGAAAUGGUCGGAUACUCGGGACCUAUUUACAUGACACAUCCAACAAAAGCAAUUGCUCCAAUAUUACUGGAGGACAUGAGAAAAGUCGCGGUUGAACGCAAAGGUGAAAGUAACUUUUUUACUUCACAAAUGAUUAAAGAUUGCAUGAAAAAAGUUGUUGCUGUUACUUUGCAUCAGUCGGUCAUGGUUGACUCCGAGUUAGAAAUAAAAGCCUACUAUGCUGGUCAUGUACUUGGUGCCUCGAUGUUUUGGGUAAGAGUUGGCUCCCAAUCGAUAGUAUACACUGGUGAUUACAAUAUGACUCCCGAUCGACAUUUGGGAGCAGCCUGGAUCGACAAAUGUCGACCGGACCUUCUUAUUUCUGAGUCAACUUACGCGACAACAAUCAGAGACUCAAAGCGAUGUCGUGAAAGGGACUUUUUGAAAAAAGUUCAUGACUGCGUUGAAAAAGGUGGUAAGGUGCUUAUUCCUGUGUUUGCACUCGGUCGUGCUCAAGAAUUGUGUAUAUUAUUAGAAACUUAUUGGGAGCGAAUGAAUCUAAAAGUUCCUGUUUACUUUGCCCUUGGUCUGACAGAAAAAGCCAAUAAUUAUUAUAAAAUGUUUAUUACUUGGACAAAUCAAAAGAUCAAGAAAACUUUUGUUCAGAGAAAUAUGUUUGAUUUCAAGCAUAUUAAGCCUUUUGAUAAAUCUUACAUUGAAAAUCCUGGUGCCAUGGUAGUUUUUGCCACUCCUGGAAUGUUACAUGCAGGUUUGUCACUGCAAAUAUUUAAAAAAUGGGCUCCAAACGAGGCCAACAUGGUCAUUAUGCCUGGUUUUUGCGUCCAAGGAACUGUGGGGCACAAAAUCCUAAAUGGCGCAAAGAGGGUCGAAUUUGAAAAUCGGCAAAUCGUCGAAGUAAAAAUGACAGUAGAGUACAUGUCCUUUUCCGCUCAUGCCGAUGCAAAAGGUAUCAUGCAAUUAAUUCAGUACUGUGAGCCAAAGAAUGUCAUGCUCGUUCAUGGAGAAUUUGCGAAAAUGGAGUACCUAAAGGAGAAAAUAAAGCAAGAAUUUGGGACAAAUUGCUAUAAUCCAGCAAAUGGAGAAACAUGUGUCAUUACCACGACAUCGAAAAUGCCUGUUGAUGCUUCGUUAGCACUUUUAAAAUCUGAAGCAAAAAUGUACUCUGCGUUACCCCCUGAUCCCAAGAGACCUCGAUUAUUACAUAGUGUAUUAAUGUGUAAAGAAGACGGUAUUUGUCUCGUGGAUGCUGAUGAAAUCGCAAAAGCUGUUGGCAUCACCAAACAUACUGUAAGGUUCACAUCAGCUGUACAAGUUCGAGAUCCUGGAUCUUCACAAUCAACGGCUCGAAAACUUUUACAGCCCCUUCAAGAACGAUUAUCAGGAUGGACAGUUAAAAUGGUGGAUGGUAAUAUAUCAGUUGAAUCAGUUUUAGUGAAAGUUGAUGAAGAUGAGAAUGAUCAAAAAAGUGUGUAUGUUUCUUGGACUAAUGAAGAUGAAGAUUUAGGGAGCUAUAUUCUUGGCUUCCUGCAAACUAUGCGCAAUUAAAUAUGUUUCUCACUUUUAAAUUAAUGUAGUAGAUAAAAAUUUUUUAUUCAAUACAUUAAAAAGAUUUAUUGGUAUGUGGCUACAAAUAUUUUUAAACAUAAAACUUGUAAAUAGUAGAAAUCUCAGUAUAGUAGCACAUAAAUGUCGAUAGAUUUGUUGAAUAAAUAUUUUAUUUUCUAUUUCAAGUUGUUACGAUUCCGCUCACCACUUACCUCUGCAAUAUUUAUUUUUUAAUACUUUUAAAUACAAAAAAAUAGUAAAUAAAAAAAUAAGGGUAAAAACUAAUCGAAAA